UGGCCUGCUCUCCCAGACUGGCACACCCACUCCGCCGUCACUGUGGGAGAGUCAGUUGGGCCUUCUGGGCUUCCUGGUGUUCAGCUCCGCCUCGCCUCGAUCUGGCCGGACAGGGAAAACACUUCUCAGUUAAAGAACAAAAGCAAGAACGGAUGGACCUCGGAGGGGGGGACGAAGUAACUCAAAUUCAGACCUGAAUCUCACGGAUUGAGAGAUUUGAGCCCUCCACGGCAGGAUUUAGCCGACGGCUGAACUCAUACGAAAGGCGACAAACUUGGUCGCCUCGCAUCUUUGUAUCCUGACCGUAAUCCGUCGAGGUGCUCGAUAAAUAAGACAAGGGUCAAACAGAUAGACAGACGGCAUUGUUGCCCCGGUCUUCCUCUCAACGUUGGCCAUAAAAAGCAGAGUGGAAGACGGGAAAUUCUGUGUUUCUUUUGUUAUCUUCUCGUUCAAACAGACCUCGGGGAUAAAGGGCUGUUUUGGCAUUUUCGGUUUUUCUUGUGGUAUCUGCCUUUGUGAAGAGGCUACACUUAACUUUCAGGACUGAGAACUUGGGGAGUCAAACAAAGCCUGACUGGAGAGGGGUGAAAGAGCCUGUGUUGAUAUCCCAGAUGGCGACCUAUAGUGAACAUAAUGGCAGAAAUGGACUUCUUAAGGGCAUAAAGGAGUCUUUUGAAGAGAAAGUAGCAAAGACAGAAUGUGAAGGAAGGCUUGAAGUUAAACACUUCUCCAAGGAUUUGCUUCACUCUGCCAGCUCAUCUGAAAGCAACGCAAGUGGCGUGGCUAGUUUCACCACUAACCACAACUCUGUUGUGUGCCUGCCUCUGGUGUCAGAGGGACUGAAAUUGGUAUGGACACAGUCUGACCAAACCCGUGAACUUGACACAAUCCCAGAACUGGUCCAAGCCUUUAACUUAUUUCCAUACCCAUCAUCCCGUGAAGUUAAUACCCUAGCUCGGGUAUGUGCCUUGCCACUGGACAAAGUUAAAGUGUGGUUUAUGGUGCAGAGGAUUAAAUACGGUAUUAGCUGGUCCUCGGAGGAGAUAGAGGAGACACGGCGGAAGCUGGCAGUGCCUGAGCUUUAUGAUGAUUCUACUGAAAUAAAUGAGGAAGCCAAAAUGAAGAGCAAGAGCAGGAGUUAUGAGGAAUUAGUAACUGAGGAUAAGGAUAGCGAUGAAUUAGAGGGUCCUCUUACCAGCUUCACCCACCACAAGAAACCAAAAUGUGAGUCACCAGAUUCCUAUAAACCAGCCAAACCCACUGUGCCGUGUUUCAGUUCCACCCUCCCGCCUCCUCAGGAUUCAUACUUCUACCGCCCACCAGCAGACACACCAGCAAGUACAGCAGCUGAUGUCUCCCUUGACCUUUCAGAGUCGUCUCCACAACAGCACCGUCAUGGGCGCUACAAGAAGUCUAAAGCUCAGCUCGCUGCCCUUAGAAAAAGCUUUCUGAGGGAGAACUGGCCUGCAGAGGCAGAGCUUAGGCGUUUGCAGGAGGAAACCGGGUUGAGCCGUAAUGACAUUCGUAAAUGGUUCAGUGACAGCCGGUACCAGCUUAGGGUUGGCAGGGGAAGUCUGGCAGCAGCCCAGAACUACUCUCAACACGCUGCAGUUGGAGGUAAACACGAUCAACAAAUUCAACCUCUUUCACUUACUACUCAAAAGACUCGCCAGUUAAAUGGGGUGAAGAGCCCAGAGGGAAACCGAAGCAAUGGAAUUAGAAAUUCACAUUUUUUUCAGACCUUUUUGUCAAACAGCUUGGAAGCAUUUGGGGAAAGGGUCCUUGAUGCAGAAGGGUAUGAUGUUGUUGAAGAGCUUUCCGGUGAUGGCGACAGUUUUAAAGAUGAGGAACAAAGUGAAGACCAACCCCUGCAACUGACCAAGACCUGCAAGAAAGAGCCAGAUGUGCCACAGGAACCAUCAGGUACAUUAAAAGCCUACCCCUAUCCUUCCCCCUCUGGCAGCCCACCACUGACUGCCUUGCCCAAUAAACCUCUUUCAAAGAGCAUCAGCACAUCAAAGAAGUCAGCCCACUCAGCCAAAGUCAGUCCCUCACAAACUCCCUCCUGUUUCUCAGGGGCUUCCUCAUCCACAUCACCUGGUCUUACUCCUGCUGGGCGACCAAGAAAGACCAAGCAGCAGUUGGACGUGUUAAAGCAACACUUCUUGCGCUGCCAGUGGCCCAAGAGUGAAGAUUACACAGAACUUGUUAAGCUUACUGGUUUACCCCGUGCAGAUGUUAUUCAGUGGUUUGGGGACACACGGUAUGCCGUUAAGAACGGCCAGCUGCGCUGGGUGAAAGGGGUCCGUGACCAGUUCCUAGCACUUGCAGCUGAGCAAAAUAGCGGUGGUUUAACUAACGGAAGUGGUUCUGGGACAUCUACACGGGCUGGGGGUGGCCGCAAACGGAAAUCUCAAGCAAAUGCAGCAAGUACAGGUUCCCCUGAUAUCCAACCAUUGGUAACAUAUUAUCUUUCAACAGGCUUACUACAUGAAAAAGACCUUGACUCUCUAUGCAAGAAAUCCAGAAUGAGCUAUCAGCAAGUGCGAGAUUGGUUUGCAGCUCAGGAUGUUGGGGAGACUGACCAAGAACAUGUUGUUACUGACUAAGACACUGGAACCAGAACUAAGAACAUUUAUGAAAAGUUGGUGAAGUUUGCUCCUCACAUCCUUUGCGCCAAUAAGCAAUAGUAAUUACGUUGGUUUAAAUUGCUUUAAUUUAGGCAGGUUUAUAACAUCCAGUCUUCCGAGUACAAGCCCAAAGUGAGGUUUGAUUUGUUUUUGUUUUUAUAUACGCUGCAUUUCAAUGCUUAAUAUAUUUGAACUUGAAUUAUUAUUGUGCUGCCUGUGUUCCUGUAAAUAGGACAGUAACUUGUACACUGGUUUGCUAUAUUUUUGAGCUUAUUAUUUUUGUUUAGAUAUCACUACUACAGAAUUUAUAGUAUGCUAAUGUAGCAGUAUAAUUUAAACUGGCUGUACUUUUGGUACCUGACUGUAGCAGAUAGGUAACUGCUCCAGAAAAAAAAGGUCUAUGUUGAUGAAUUUGUUGUCUGAUAACUGUGUAAUCAUUCCUUUACAGCCAAUAAUUCCUUUCAUGAAAAGCACACUGGACAUGUACACUUUAAAUUGACAUGUUGCACUUUGGUUUUAGAGCCUGCUGCCAUUUUGUUAAUUAAAUCCAGUUAUUUCACAAAUGAUGAGUUCCUAACUUAUCAGUAUCAUUCUUGAUCCAUUAACACAAAUACCAGUCAUCAUGUGCUUUGAAGACAACAUGAUACAUCAGAUACCCCUACCCCUGUCUACAGCACAUUUCUGAAAUAUAUUUCUCUUUUAGAUGCUCUGCUGUAAUACUUGUUUCACUGAAUACUUUGGUUGUCAUUUCCAUUUAAUUGCACCUUCUUUUUUUUGUUUUUACAGUAAAGGUUAAACAGCAGUGGGAAAGCAGCAAUCACAUCAACAUCAUGAUAUCAGAAUUUCAAACUAUGAUUUCCACUCAUUGAUUAAAUCAGUAUUUUUACAUCUCUUUGUCUUAAUAUAGAGUGUGACAUGACAGUUUAUAAUAUAGACAAACUAGAUGAAAUAAUUUGUGUAUCCAUGUACUGCAGAAGUAGCGAAGGGUUUGAAUCCAAAGAAUAAAACCUUUCUGUUAAACCUGGUUAUGAAUUAUACCACAAACAUUAUGCAUUUCAGCCCCAUACUCUGUAGUACUGCUUAGUUAACCUGCAGGGGUGAUGUGGGUUUAAAUGGAGUGAGGGCUAGUUAAUUAGAAAUGUCUGGACAAAGUUUAGAUGACCAGAAUGUUGGUAAAGCAGUGUGCAUCACUGUGUUUUGUCAUUCUGUUAGUAAUGAAAAGUUAAUGCAUGUGUCAUGCUGCGGGCUAAUGUCCAUAACACUUAGUGUCUUCCUUUGCAGGUGUUCUCAUUGUAUUUUUUUCCUGUUCCCAUUUGCACAGCUGUGUCACUGGAAACCAGUAAAAGAUUUGCCUUUAUAA